AUGUCGAUUGCCAAACAAGCAGUGGUGUGGGUGCAGGUGAAGGGUUAUCACCAAAACAUGGAGAAGAAGACCUUCCCUAUGUCCGAGUGGCUGCCUCCCGUCCAGGCUCUGGUGCACGCCGGGGAGCAUCGGGUGCUGGCCGCUCACUGCGGGGACAUGUACCUGCGCCUUUACGGCGACCAUACCCGGCUCCUGCGCAACCUGUGCGUCGUUCCCUGCCGCUUCUCCAUCAGCUGCCUCAGCUUCGACCCCAAGUCGGGGAUGCUGCUCUCGGGCCUCGCUGGGGCCGUGGUGCUGUGGAUCAUUGAGCCCAGCGGGCGUGGACUCCACCAGGCCCAAGAGGUGAGGAUGGCCGGCAAUGAGCUAGUGCAGGACAUCUCGAUGGCCGGGCCCGGCGGGAACAUGGUGGUUCUCUGCGAGAGCCUGGUGCGCACCUUCAAGCGCCAAAGCCACGAUCGCUUUGAGGAAGCCAAGGUCUUCGCCUCCCAGAGCAGCGGUGCGUCUCUCACCUGCUCUUUCACUUGCAACAUCCAGGGCUACCUCUACGUCGGCAACAAGUCCGGGCAGGUCCAGGCCUGGAGCUUAGACCCGGACUGCACCUUCCACAAAUUCCAGGCGCACGUCCAGGCGGUGGUGUGCCUUCGCAGCCGGCCGGAGGCCCACACCCUGCUGACGGCCGGGAAGGAGGGCUUGGUCAAGGAGUGGAACCUGACCUUGGGCAACCUGCUGCGGCAAGUGAAGUUCCAGGAAGACCUGGUCCGCCUGGAGUUCUUCCGGGCCAAGGCCUUCUUCUCCCAGACCACCACCACCUUCUCGGUAUACCGUCUUCCUUGCUUCUACAAGCUCUUCAGCGUCUGCGGCUCCAACCCGCAGGAAGUGCGCCAGGUCUGCCGCGAAGGCAAGUCCCCGCGCAUAUCGUGCUACACUCAGGACGGCCUCCUGCGCUUCCUGUGCCCCCUGACUGGGGAUCUCUUGCUCCUGAGCUGGCCCUUCGCCCUCCUGGAUCAAGCUAUCGACUGGACCUACGACUCCGACCGGGAGGAGAUCUUCGUGGCCACGGGCAAACCAGAUGUGCUGGUGCUGGAUGCCACCCGCUGCCCGUGCACGGCCAAGUACCUCGUGUGCCCCUCCCCGAAGGCUAACGACCGGGUGCAGUGUCUGGCCUACGGAAGGCCUAAGUUGAGCCGGGGGCUGGAUGGCUUGGUGUUCUGUGGGCACGAGAGCGGCAUGGUGAGGGUGCUGUCUCAGCACCUUUGUGCCCGCAUAGAGAAGAACCUGCAUUCCGGCACGGUGCUGGCACUGGCCACCUUGUCGGGAAUGCCCUGCAGCGCCCGGGAGAGUUCCUUCCUCUGUUCCUACGGCAUAGACGACUUCUUGCAGUUAACUGAGGCUGUCUUCGAAGGGAAAAAAGUGAACCUGAUGCCCCUGACCAGCAUUAUCUGCAGUUGUAAGCUCAGUCACAUCAUUCUGCUGCCCAGAUCAGUAGCUGCCAUCACGGAGGCCAAUCGCCUGCGCCUCUGGCACUACCAGGACUUCCUCGUAUCCUCCAACACCAAGCCGGAGGAGAGCUUCUUUGAGACCGAUACCCUGCACUCGACCCGCAUCACUUCCUUUGACAUCUGCUUGAACCUGGGCAUCUUUGUCACGAGUGCUCGAGACGGCAGCGUCAAGGUCUGGGACCUCCAGGGCAUCCUCUUGGCCUAUUUUGAUUCACUCCUCAAGUUUGGGACUCUCUGCUUUGCCAAUGAGCGGGGUGACCUGCUUGUCACGGUCAACCAGAGCCUUUACUUGGUGUCUUGCCUGAUGCUCCUCCCCGCUCCUGUCUUGAGCCGCCUGGCAGUCAUGCACAUAACGGACAAGGUGCAGGAGCCCCCCAGACCUUUCUUGCCAGGCUUCUUCUUAUCCUUUAAGAGUAUAUUUGCACCACACUACCUCUAUUUGGGCAACGGGAAACAGAUGUUGGACAGGUUGGAGACCCUACCCAACUUAAGGGCCAUUGCCUUUGACCGCUCCGUCCCCCACGUGGUACAGGAGGCGCGAACGGGCCCUCAGCCGGAAUCGGAGGACAAGCGCCGAGAAAGACGCUGGCUGGCCUCCCACAAGCAUAGGAGGCCGGGCGGGCACCACCAGCUGAUGCAAGCCACGCCUUCGCCCUUCCAGGGUACCCAGCCGAUGGGCUGGGACGAAAUAAACCGGUUUCCACUGGUGCAGAAGUUUUUCGGCCAGGGGCGAAAGUGGAUAAUCGCACCCGAUGGCUACGUCCCCAACUCGGUGGUGCGAGCUUUUCUCUGGCCCGAGGGCACUCCCGUCUUUCUGAGGUCAGGGGAAGGGUCCACCGAGGAAUUCGUGGAGCAGGAGCCGAUUCUAGAAUCUCGUUUGCACACGCUGUUCCCCCUUUGGGAUGAGGAGUUAGCCACCCAACUCUUAGGAGAGACCCGCCUCAACCUGGCCAGGCGCAGGGAGAAGGUUUCCGAAGUGCCCCGCGACAUCUUCAUCGACAACCGCACCAAGCUGUCCCAGAGGAUGAGCGCGGUAGGCGUGAACAACACGAUCCAGUCUCUGCUCGGCAUGAUGACCGACUCGGACCCAGACAAGUAUCAGAAGUGCACCAACGCCCUCGCGCAGAUCUUUGCCACCCACGACGUGGCCCCCCAUCUACGCUCGGCCACAGCCAAACACCUGGUCACCUUCACUUCCCACGCCCUGCCCAUCUUCCGCAAGCUGGCCUGGGAGGGGCUGGAGAAGCUGGGCUUCCUCAGCCACUAUUUCGCCAUCCCCUUGACCUGGGGACUGGUAGACUUAGACCCCGAAGUGCACCAGAAAGCCCGGAAUCUGAUGAUGGAUUUCACGGGAGUCAAAACAAAGAAGGAACUCCUCAGCCUGCUCCAUCAGGAUGACAUCUUCUUGGAACUGCAGUAAGUGUGGUGGGCCUGACCCACCUUGCUUCCAUCUCCUGGCCCCUUCCCACUGGGUUCUCCACCGGCACCCUUGGCUCUGCAUGAUUUUCCCCAAGAGUCCAGACUCCGGGAGGCCCUGGGGUUCGGUCUCUGGUCCUUCGGCUCCAGGCUCAACCCCAGCACCGUCCUACAGUCCCUUCUCAUCCUGACAUUCAGUGACGAGGCCGGGCAGGCAGAACGGCAAGCCGAGGCCGCUGGGCUCUAGACUUGUUAUGUGACCUACUGUGUAGAAAGCCCUGGGCAGACCUGACAGACUGAAUCCAAAUGGGGAGACGCCUGCUCAUUGCUCCAAGGGACCUACACAUUUGACAUUCUAUGUUGAGGUCCUUCCCAGCCCUGAUGUUCCCUGUUCUGAGAUCCCUCCCCACCCUGAUAUUCCCUGUUCUCAGACUCCUCCCGACCCUGAUGUUCCCUGUUCCGAGGGCCUUCCUGUAGACCUCAUCUUGGCCUUGGCUUCCUUAGGAAACAAAUCAUAGGAGAUGAGCGUUUGAAUCAGAUACUGGGCAUUCGGCCAGUGGACCUGCAGGUUCUAUCUAAUCAGGUGGACAAGUACAUCAAGGACGACCUGACCCAGUGGAGUAAAGAGCAAGAAGCGCAGGUCACAGAGGUGCAGGAGGAGGAGGCUGUGGAGAUCUAUAAACUGCCUGAAACCCCCAAGGCUGCCAAGGUUUCCAAAAAGGCCAAGCAGCGCCAAGUCAGGAAGUCUUUAGUCAAAAUUCCCAAGAAAUUAAAAGAGGGACGCAGGAAAACCAUAGAAGGAGAAGGAGAGGGACGCAAGAAAUCAAGUGUAGAAUACAGCCGCAAGAAAUCAAGUGCAGAAUACAGCCGCAAGAAAUCAAGUGUAGAAUAUGGCCGCAAGAAAUCAAGUAUAGAAUC